CAAGCUCGGCCCGAGCGAGGGGCUCAGCAGGCAGCGCCACCCGUCGCCGAGCCGCUGGCGGCCCCACUCCCCACGGUGGUGGAACACGGGCCCCUCAGUGGACUGUCCCCGCGCUCGCCCUCCUGGCCUCCGCCGCGGGCGAGCCGCAGAGGAUCCCGCUGCGCAGGCAGAGCCCGGCCACCGUGGCGGAGGCGCUGGCGGCGGCGCGCGGGCAGCGGGCCUUGCUGAAGGCCCGCUACGAGCCUGGGGGCGGGCUGCUCCGGGCCGAGCCUGGGGGGAGCGGCGCCAUUCCGAUCCAGGAUUUCAAGAACAACGCCUAUUACGGCGAGCUGGCGAUAGGGACACCCCCUCAGCCUGCGAGCGUAAUCUUCGACACGGGGUCCUCCAACCUCUGGGUGCCCAAUGUCGACCUGACGGGCCAGGCUGCGGCCACCAAGCACCUCUACGACAGCGAGAAGUCAGCCACGUACGUGGCCAACGGAAAGGUGUUCAAGAUAGAGUACGGCUCGGGCAAGGUUAGCGGACACUUCUCUGAAGACACUGUGACAAUCGGCAAUUUCUCCGUACCGCAGUACACCUUCUCCGAGGUGGACAAUGCCGGCGGUCUCGGCGAGCUCUACCUGGAGUCACCGUUCGACGGCAUCUGUGGCCUGGGGUGGGGUGCGCUGUCCGUCGGCGGCGUGGAUCCUCCGAUGCAGGCCCUCGUGGAGGACGGCGACAUUGCCCAGGGCGUGUUCAGCUUCCACCUGGGACACGUGGAUGGCGAGGUAGGGGAGCUGGUCAUUGGCGAGACAGACCCCAGUCACUACAAAGGGGACAUGGUGUAUGCCAACCUGACGCGCAUGGCUGACAGCCCGAGCAGGGUCUUCGAUUAUGGUUUCUGGCUGAUCAGGCUCGACAGCGUGGCCUUCGGGGGGACUGCUCUCCCGGACGCGACCGCCAUCGUGGAUUCUGGCACCUCCCUGAUCGGCGCCCCGGUUGCAGCCAUCGCAGUGAUCCAGAGCAAGAUGACGCUCCAGCAGUAUCAGGGGCUGCUGGUGGCGGAGUGCUCCGACGUCAAGGGCCUGACGCUGGACCUCGCGGUGGGCGGCCAGGCAUUCCGGCUCGGCGAGGAGGACCUCGUGCUGGGCCGCCUGGAGGGGGGCCUGUGCGCCCUCGCGCUGCAGCCGCUCGAGCAGCCCAGCCGUAGGUCGGGCGUGUCCCCCUGCAGGAGGAGCACUCCAAAAUCGUGAGAACAUCGUCGGGGGACGAUGUGUUGCUAUUGUUUUUUUCAUGCUAGGGUAGACAUGUUUGCGGAUCUGUUAUGUUUCCUCUCAGAUCCGCCUGUAGAAGGACAUGUCCGACCUAAGCCCAGCUGGAUCCUGGGGGACAUCUUCAUGCGGCGGUACUUUGUCGAGUUCGACUGGGACAACGCGCGGGUGGGGAUCGCGUGCACGGUCCUCGACGGCCUGUGCCCAGGAGGCUCCGACAACGCCCUGAGCCUCGAGUGGAUCGUCUUCCUGGCCCUGUUCGCAGCCUGCCUCGGGGCCUGUGCCCUGGCGUACUGGUGGGUCAAGCGCCCAGCGCGCGGCAGGCUGGCAGCUGGGGCCCUGGCGCGUGCCGGGCGCACGGGCAGCGCGCGGGCCCGGCCGGGCCAGGGCAGCCUCUUAGCUCCGGAGGGUGCCAGGGGCCUCCCUGGCCCGAGGAGCCUCCAGCAGGUCGUGAGCGCGGGCGGCCCCCGCGGCGUCGGCAGCGGGCCUGCCCCGCGGGCCUGCCCGGAGGAUAUCCGUGGCCACAGCGCAGCGCGGCGAGGUCCGCGCGUGCAGAGAAA